AUGAAAACUCCAAAAGAUUUAGAUACCUUUUCUGAAAUAUCUGACAGCACUGUGGCAAAUUCGUUGACAUGCAUGGAUGUUCAUGAUAAAAGCGCUUUGUCUGGAGCUUCUAACAGGGAAUAUUGUAAAAACAUCCUUUUGAGACCUCGUGCAAGCCUAUCACAAUACCUGGAAUCAAAAAGUUUAAAACGUAAUUUGACUGGAGAAAAGAAAAAACGACCAUGUGUACCCACCAAAAAGAAGAACCUUACUGGAAAACCCAGUUUUAGGCCUACAAAAGUGGAUUGGGAGCAUCGUAUUAGAGGAGGUGGAGAUAUCACACAUAGAAGUGUCGAGGACAAAGUUAAUUUACAAGCGGCUAGGGCAGCUGCAGGAGAAGGGGGCUCCUCGGAUCAUCAGAUGUUUCCGUUCAAAACAACUCCGAGCGGAAACUUCAAGUUGAAGCCUAGUCAGAUUGUGUAUGAAUCGAAAGAUCUGAGCAUCGUGGCAGCCGACCCUGCCAGCGUUAGCUUGAACAUUACUGAGUCCGAAAUGGCAAAUCACAAAGAACUGGAAAAGGACAAGAAACCAUUUGUGGACAAUUGGACAACCACUUGCCUGUAUACAGCCGUGGGUACUGGAGGUUUGGCUUAUAGUGACUUUGACACGAGUGAUUCCGACCGAGGACCCCAAGUGUCCGAACUCAGCUUAGCUAAGAUGGGCUAUGUGAUAGACAACUGUAUUGAUUGGAAUGACUUCACACUGCCAAAGAAAUCAGAUCUAAAAGAGAUUUUAUUUCAUAAUAUUUUGAAUAUGAUAAACCCUGAUAUUCAAGUGAAGACAGGAAGCAAAGUAUUCAAGUGUCACAGGAUUGUUUUACAAAGUUACAGUUCAUUCUUUGCCUCCAAAACUUCCUCUCAAAUUGAGCUCUCUGAGUCCGUAUCCAGUGAGACGUUUCCACUCAUUUACCAGUGGAUGCUUCAUCCAAACACCGAUAGUUACAAACUUCUGCGGAGAGACAACAUACUGAAAAUGUUCAAGGCUGCUCAAUAUCUUGGGAUCAAAGAGUUGGAAGAGCAGUGUUGGUCAUUCAUAGACAAUAUGGAGAUAUUUUGCGAAGACAAGGCAUUUCUGCUGUACUUGGAGGCUCGUAAAAUGAACAACAAAGCCGUGAUGGAGUUGAUGGUGCCUCGUGUGCAAAGGUUCUUUUUGACGCUUGUAAGCUCUAAAGAGUUCAUAGAGUUUAACUCAAAGGAAGUCUGCACGUUUCUGCAAUCCAACUACAUCUGCGUUCACUGCGAGGAAGAAGUGUUCAUGUCUGGAGUGCGUUGGCUGUUACAUGACUGGGAACACCGCAAGGUUUACGCUAUAGAGAUUAUGGCCUGUGUUAGAUUUGGCCUGAUGAGUCCAAAAGUGCUUCUGUCAAUUCGAAAGCACAAGGGCAGUCCUGAGUUCCAACCUAUUAUUAACAUCCCAGAUGUUGGAAGAAUGGUGGAUGACGGACUCUCAAUAAAAAUGUUAAAAAUGUGUCAUACAAAUGAAUCUUCAGAAAGUAUAGAAAUCUAUAAACAAAAGUUUGAUUUAGAAGACCCAGCACCACGCAACUGGGCUGGAACGGAGAGGUGUUACCAAAGCUAUGAAGAGUUUGUAAGAGAUCUGAGCUACUAUCGCAGCAAGCAACGUCUCGAGGUGAAACAGUCUCGGAUGAAAAUACAAAUGGAAAAAGUGGACAAAGACAACUUUUUGUCUUCAGCUGUUCUGCCCCCUGAAACUCAGCAGAAGAUCAGGCUACAACUGGCUAACGGCACACACAUGGAUUGUUUGCCGCAGAAGGAACCCAAGGAGCAGAAGUUUUGUUACAACUUACCAGAAAGAGAAGGAAAAAACGCUGCAUUAUUCCCAGAUAAUCGCAACCCUUACCAUUCAGAGUAUAGAGGCCAGCUUAUCUAUUUGCAAAACAAAUACAACUUGAGAAACACCAAUAAAACACAUUAUGAACCGUCCUUCAAAGAAAAAGAUGAUGCUGCACGUAAAAUUCAAAAAGCCUACAGGCAAUACUCUUCAAGGAAACUCAGUUCCGCUUUAAUGGACGAUGCGGCUAGAAAAAUUCAGAAAGCUUACCGACAGUAUUCAUCGAGGAAACUCUCGAAAGAUGUUUAUUGUGACAUGAAAAUGAGUAAAAAUGUACCCAGACAGGCUAGGUCUGAUCCUUCUCUCCCAUCAAGACUUAUUAGAUCUUCCACACACUUUUCAGGGAAGAAUGUCGACAAUCAACUUCCUCUACGUUUGGAAAAAGAGACUGUUUUUCUUUUUGGAGGGAAAACCCCAUAUGCCAAUGAUCCUUGGGAAUCUUCUAUCUUGUUCUAUCACCCAGAAUACAACGAAUGGAGGCGGUGCGGGGUGAUGCCGGAGCCAAUACAUUAUCACAGCAUUACCUACUUCCAGGAGAGAAUAUAUAUUGCAGGAGGUAGACAUCCAUCAAAGCAUGAGUCUGAGCCAGGAGCCGUCAGCCGCAAAGUGUGGAGGUACGACCCUCACUACAAGACUUGGACUCGCAUCAAAGACAUGCUUCAGGCUCGUCAAAACUUUGGUCUCGUCGGCUGCAACAACAGACUCUACGCUAUUGGCGGAAGAAAUGAGAAGGAAAUUGCAAUGUCGAAGGUAGAAAGGUUUGACUCAGGCUCCAACAGUUGGGUUUCUGUUGCGCCGAUGCACGUGCCUCGCGCCGGAGCAGUUGUUAGUGAGUUCAGAGGCAAGAUUUGGGUGGCUGGGGGUGUAAUACUGAGAAGAUCCACGAGUAGUGAGUGGACAGAGAUAGCAACCAACAGAGUUGAGUACUACGACUGGGAGCAAAAUAUGUGGUUUGAAUGCUCCACAUUGAGGUUCACGCUCGCCUACGGAGUAAUGGUUCCAACAAACAACAAGAUCUACAUCGUGGGCGGAGCUAUCGGACUGCAGAAUUCCAGCCUUCGAGGCAGCGGGAAACAGAUAGAUGUUUGGGACGAGCAAUCAAGGCUGUGGGGUAAUGCAGAUACAAUGGGAAAACCUAGACAUAACCAUACUGCAGUCUCUAUACGGGAGAGUCAAGGUAACAGUAAAUACAUGUUCAUCAUGGGAGGGUUGAACACACAACAUGAAUGUGCUUUGGACACAGUCGAGUGCUGGAACAUAGAGGAGGGGAAAUGGAUCAUUGGAGUAGCUUCUCUUCCAUCACCAAUUUUUGGAUCAGCAGCUCUUGUAUUGCCAAGAAGAACCUUCAGUUAGACAAACCUGUGAAAUUACACUGAUUCGAUUGAAUUUAAACUUCAGCUGUUUGAUGACAGAGUCUUAAGCUAAUCAUUGAGACAAGCCUAGGAAUUUAUUGUUAUCCUAGGAGCACUU